AAGUGUUGUGUUCAUAAAACUACGGCGCUACGUACAGCUAAUACAACACUCGCGAAAAUUAAGAAUUUUCCCCUUUUUUCGUUCAAUUCUCAAAUCUCAAUUUUCAAUUCUCAAACCCAAACUCACUCACACAAACGCUACUUCAAUCCAUCCUUCAAUUCAAAUGUGCAAUCCCUUGUUCCAGAUUCGCUUCCGCUGAUGCUGAUUUCGAAUCCAAUCCAAGCCAAUCCGAUAAUGUCUUCGUCCUUCUCUGCCUCUCGCUCGCCGCAGCAGUUAAUGUCCAUUUCCCGCCUCAGAUCCUCCGCCGUCAGGAAGCUGCCGGAACCCUUGCGCCGCGCCGUCGCCGAUUGCCUCUCCUCCCCCCUCUCUCCCUCCAACGAACCUUCCAGAACUCUCCAGGACUAUCUGAAAGCCCUUGCAACCACAGACUUGGCUUAUAAUGCAAUUCUGGAACAUACUAUUGCAGAGAGGGAGCGCAGUCCUGCGGUAGUCACAAGGUGUGUGGCACUGUUGAAGCGGUAUCUCCUAAGAUACAAACCAAAUGAAGAGACAUUACUUCAGAUAGAUCGUUUUUGUUCAACCAUAAUUGCUGAAUGUGAUAUUAACCCAACUCAGCCGUGGUCACGAGCUUUGAAUAGACAAUCUGGGGCAUCAACCACAUCCACAAAUACAUCACCUUUGCCUGUAUCUACCUUUGCUUCUGAGUCACUUGUAAAGUCAUUAAGUUAUGUGCGUUCCCUGGUGGCUCAACACAUUCCUAAACGGCUUUUUCAACCAGCUUCAUUUGCUGGGCCACCUUCAUCCGGACAGUCAUUACCAACAUUGUCAUCUUUGCUGAGUAAAUCCUUCAAUUCCCAACUAAGUCCUGCAAAUAUUCCAGAAACACAAAGUUCUGCAAGUGUUCCAGAAACAUUAGAGAAGGAUUCAAUUGCUCUUUCAAGGUUAUCGAAAAUUGAAAAAGCUGAUGAAAAGGAUGAACUGGGGUUCAUUGCUCAUGAUGUUCUAAAAUGGCGCUGGCUUGAGGAACCACAAUCAUCAUCAAUAGGGACUGAAAAUGAUCGUGCUGUGAAUAAUCAAGACAUGACAGCACAUAGUUUCUUAGAAAUAGGUGCAGCAGCUCUACUUGUAGCAGAUAUUGAAUAGAUGAAGGGGCAACCAUGGAAAUUUUUUGGAACUGAUGAUAUGCCUUACCUAGAUCAGCUAUUGCAGUCUUCCCCUGUAACACCAAUUACUGAUUCCGACUCUGCUCGUCCUCAUAUGAGAGCAAUAACAGCAUCUAAACGCACCAAGCCAGGCUCUCAUCAAAUAUGGGAGGAUUUUCCUGUGAUUACAUUCCGUCCCAGAGCUAGACAGCUUUUCCAGUAUCGUCAUUACAGUGAGCAACAACCUCUGCGAUUGAACCCUGCUGAGGUACAAGAUGUUAUUGCUGCAGUUUGCUCAGAGGCUUCUUCCCCUAACACCAAUGUUAUUGCAGCAUCAACUAGACUAAAUAAUAACAGUAGAAAACCAUCAACGGAUGUGGCUGUGAGCGUCCUAAUUAAACUAGUUAUUGACAUGUAUGUUUCAGAUUCUCGGACAGCUGCUCCUCUCAUUCUUUCUAUGCUUGAGGAGAUGCUUAGUUCUCCUAAAACAGCAUGCAGGGUUCGUGCUUUUGAUUUAAUUCUAAACCUUGGGGUUCAUGCACAUCUCCUAGAACCGAUAAUUGCUGAUGAUGCUUCCACUAUUGAAGAAGAAUAUUCUCAAGAAUCCUAUUAUGACAAUGAUUCUCAAGUUAUGAUGCAAGGAAGCAGAAAAGGAAGUUCUCAGAACAAAUCAGACUUAGGCUCUGCAAUUGAUAAUUUUGAGUCUUGGAUUUUAAAUAUUCUGUAUGAGAUAUUACUUCUUCUUGUUCAGUCUGAAGAAAAAGAUGAAUCUGUUUGGGCAUCUGCUCUCAGCUGUUUGCUGUAUUUUGUCUGUGAUAGAGGAAAGAUCUGGAGAAACCGCUUGCAAGGUCUUGACAUAAGGGUUCUGAAGGAACUUGUAAGAAUCAGUAGGGCGAAUUCUUGGGCAGAAUUAGUUCAUUGUAAGCUUAUUUCCAUGUUAACCAACAUGUUUUAUGAAGUUCCUGAUGAAGUUGCUGAGUCUGUACUCAGCAAACCAAAGUUUCUUGUGGAUCAACUUGACCUGAUCGGAGGAGUCCAAUUUAUAUUUAUUGAGUAUUCCCUUGCAAGCUCAAGAGAAGAGAGGAAAAAUCUGUAUUCUGUGCUUUUUGAUUACAUUCUGCAUCAAAUAAACGAAACAUGCAUAGCUACUGGAGUCAAUGAAUACAGUGAUGAUGAGAUCCAACCUCUUGCUGCUCUGCUUGCUCAAACAAAUGCACCUGAGGCGUUUUAUAUUUCUGUUAAACUUGGGGUAGAAGGCAUUGGGGAGAUUCUGAGAAGAUCAAUUGCAUCAGCACUGUCCGGAUAUCCCAACAGUGAAAGACUAAAUAUGCUACUGGAAAUUGUAGCAGAGAAAUUUGAUGCUGUAAUAAGUACGUUCACUCAUUUGGACCAAGAGUUCACUCAUAUGAAUCAGAUAACCAAAUCUCUCAAGUUUCUGGAAAAUAUUGAAAGUGUGGUUCUGAGAAAUGGCAUCGGUUUGCAGGCAAAGCACUCAUGGGCCACUUUACAUUCUCUUCUUCAUUCUGAAAGAAUUUCUUACCGUCAAAAUGGGUAUAUCUGGUUAGGUGAUCUGCUUAUUGCUGAAAUUAAUGGAGAAAGAGAUGGGAAUAUAUGGUUGAAUAUCAAAGACUUCCAGCAGAAAAUUGCUCAAGCUGGAACUCAAGACUCUUUAAAUACAUCAGAUGUUCCUUUGCCCAUUUUACUUAUGUGUGGCCUUCUAAAGUCGAAAUACAACUACAUUAGAUGGGGAUUUUUGUUUGUUCUUGAAAGACUUCUCAUGAGAUGCAAAUUUUUGUUAGAUGAGCAUGAAAUGCAACAAUCAAGCAGCACAGAUCUGGGUCAUGGGAAGAAAGAUUGGCAUCUUGAGAAAGCCAAUGCAGUGGUUGACAUAAUGAGUGGAGCUUUGUCUUUGGUAUUUCAGAUAAAUGAAACAGAUCGCAUCAAUAUUCUGAAAAUGUGUGACAUACUAUUCUCUCAAUUGUGCCUAAGAGUUCCUCCUCCUGCAGCUCUUCCCUUUGGAGAUGAUGUGCAACAUGGCAGAAAUUUAAAUCACACUAGUGUAAGCAAAAGGUUUGACAGUGACAAUCAUUUUGUCAAACAAGAUAGUUUUCACUGGGAUGAUCACAAGGGAGAAGCUCAUAGAAGAUCUGGCUACCAUAAUAACUACCACCUGGAUCACGAGUCAGCAUCAAUGGCAGCACUUUUCCAAGGACGAGCCAUUGUUCCAAUGCAAUUAAUUGCACGUGUUCCUGCUGCCUUACUAUAUUGGCCACUGAUUCAAUUGGCUGGAGCAGCAACAGAUGAUAUUGCAUUGGGUGUUGCUGUUGGAAGUAAAGGAAGAGGAAACCUGCCUGGUGCUACAUCUGAUAUUCGGGCCACACUUCUUCUACUACUUAUUGGUAAAUGCACAGCAGAUUCUGUUGCUUUCCAGGAGGUUGGUCAGGAACAAUUUUUUAGGGAACUUUUGGAUGACACAGAUUCAAGAGUGGCAUAUUAUUCUUCUGCUUUUCUUCUCAAGCGAAUGAUGACUGAGAAGCCAGAAAAAUAUCAACACAUGCUUCAGAAUCUUCUUGUUAAGGCUCAACAGAGUAACAAUGAAAAACUGUUAGAGAAUCCAUAUCUUCAAAUGUGUGGCAUACUUCAACUGGCAAAUGAUCUUGGGAUUGACCUGUGAUCUCCAAGGCAUGACCUUCUGGGAGGCUAUAUUAUAUGUGGUAGGACAUCUGCAUUGGUUUGAGGAAUUGUCACUAUUGAUUCUGAGGAAAAAUUUUCCAUAAUUCAAUUGACUCAGAUUGAAACACAUAACCAGGACAUACUUUAGUUCGUAUGUUUCAUUCCUGCAACAAAAUUGCAAUUGAUUAUCAACAUGGCAGAGUACAAGUGUGGCGAGAGAGAGCCAGUGGAAUUGGAUGAACUCUUAAUAUUAAUUGAUUACUAUGAGAAGUAAUUAUCAGAAUUAGAAAACAUACUGCAUACCCUCAAUUGCUGUUGAUAUCACUCGUUUGGAGAACCAUGUAAGUAAACUUGUAGCUGCCAUCGUGCCUUUAUCUUCUGCACAUAUUUCAACUACUGGGGGAAGACAGAUUUCUGUUAAGGGAUAAUUUAGAAUGUUCCUGAUUUUGACUCAACUGCUGAAUGUUGCUGAUCUUGACCAGCCACCAGUUGCUGGGGGCUUGCACUACAUAUGAUUGUUUCUCUUGUACAGGACUUAGAUUCCCACCGAGCCUUCUUCAGUUUUUUUUUUUCAUUCAUGAAGGCUGCCUAUAUGCUUGCUUUUUUUUACUUGGCAUACAGGACCUUUCAUGGGAAAAGGAAGAACUCAAUUUUGUGCGUUGUCAAUACAGUCACAGGUUCAACAAAAUCCUUUGAUAGGGGCAUCAUGGGAUGUCUACUUUUAGAGGCAUCCAAGUUGCUCUCAUUUUCUGUAAAUAUUUAUUGCGAAAACUGUAACAUGAGUUGAGAAAUUAAUUUGUACUAAUGUAGAUGAUCUAUACAGCAUACAGGGUUUGUGAUCUAAAAGCCCCUCAUAAUCCUUCAUGAUUUCACACAUUUUUUUAAAAAAUAUAUGUGCAAUUAACAUGAAGUUUUGGCAAUGUAACGUGUACCAACAAGUGAUGAUUCCAGUAGUACUGAAUUUGGUCUUAAGUAUUA